UCGGCGUUCCCCCUUUCAACAUCAACGCAUGUAAGGCAUAGAAGAGCAGAAUAUUUUGUUAGUUUGCAAUAUUUUUAUCUCAGAACAAUGGAGAAUCUGUUGAACUGUGGGACAUCUUUCGCUCUCCUUGUCUGCAUGUCGGCCAUAGUCUCGGCACAGCUUCACUACUCGAUUCCUGAGGAAAUGGAGCUUGGAGCCUUUGUUGGGAAUAUCGCUGAGGAUUUAAGGCUGAACGUCUGGGAGCUAUCGACUCGUCGAUUUCGGGUUGUCUCAGAUCAAAGCAAGCAAUAUCUCGAGGUAAAUGUGGAUGAUGGUAAUUUAUUUGUGAAUGAAAGAAUCGACAGAGAACAGCUGUGCAUGCAAAGCCUUAUCUGUUCGCUUUCAUUACAAAUUGCGCUGUAUAAUCCCGAGGAAAUGCAUGGUAUCACGGUUGAAAUCUUGGAUAUAAACGAUAAUUCUCCCAGCUUUCAGAAAAGUGAAUAUUAUUUGCAUAUCGGUGAGCAAAUUGCGCUGGGAGCACGGUUUCCUUUUGAGAGCGCACACGAUCCAGAUAUUGGUACGAAUACAAUUAACACUUACCAGAUCACUCCGAAUGAGCACUUCGGCAUUAAAGUGCAGACAAGACGGGGAGGGAGUAAGACUGCCGAGCUGGUAUUAGAGAAGCCCUUGGACCGUGAGCAGCAGGAAACCUUUCAGAUCAUGGUAACCGCCGUUGAUGGUGGGACUCCACGCAGAUCUGGCACGGCUCGUAUUAUCAUUACUGUGCUGGACGCGAAUGAUAAUGCCCCUGUAUUUGAUCACGAAAGCUACAGCGCAACCUUACCAGAAAAUGCCAUGAGAGGAACACUGGUGACGAAAAUCAACGCUGUCGAUGUGGAUGAAGGCAGCAACGCUGAACUUACUUACAGUUUCACAGAUCACGUUCCUCAAACGCUUCGGGAGUUGUUCAGACUGGAUCCGAAAACAGGACAGAUCAUUGUUGAAGGACCGCUAAAUUUUGAGAAAUCCGUUUUUUAUGAACUUGAUGUCGAAGCAAUAGACAAUGGUUCCCCUGCUUUGACAGGUCAUUCAAAGGUUAUUAUCACUGUAACUGAUGUAAAUGACAAUGCUCCUGUGAUUCAUGUAAUUUCGUCUUCCAGAACAGUUCCCGAAAACGCACAGCCUGGAACCGCAGUUGCUACAAUCAGCAUAAUGGAUUUAGAUUCUGGGGAAAAUGGCCAAGUCAAUUGUCAAAUCGCCAGAGAAUUUCCGUUUACUCUUCAAAAAUCUUCAAGCAAUGACUAUAAAUUGGUGAUUAAUGACAUUUUGGAUCGUGAAAGGACCACAAUGUAUAACAUCUCUAUUUCAGCCUGGGAUGGUGGAUCGCCUCCUCUUUCAACACAAGCAUCUGUCUUGAUUUCUGUUUCCGAUAUAAAUGACAACGCACCUCGAUUCACACAAACCUCAUAUAAUGUAUAUCUGAUGGAAAAUAACACCCCGGGAUCUUCCAUAUUUGCUGUUUCCGCAACAGAUUCCGAUAUUGGCCAAAAUGGUGACAUUGUGUAUACUGUUCUGGGUAACAUGGUUGAUGCGGACUCUGAGUCUAGAUACGUCACAAUUAACUCAAAAAAUGGCAACAUUUACGCACUGACUUCUUUUGACUAUGAAGUACUGAAGCAUUUCCAUUUCAAAGUUCAAGCUCAGGAUUCUGGACGUCCCACGUUGAGCAGCACUGCUACCGUAAGUGUUAUUAUUUUGGACCAAAAUGACAAUACCCCUAUAAUUAUUUCACCUUUGAUGGUGAACGGUUCAGCAUCGGUAGAGAUUUUGCCUCAAUCAAUACAACCGGGCUACUUGGUCACCAAGAUAAUCGCGACUGAUGCAGAUUCCGGUCAAAACUCAAGGCUUUCCUACUUGUUAUCGGAACGCACUGACCACAGUCUGUUUACGGUCGGUGUUCUCACUGGUGAAAUCAGAGCAACUCGAAGAUUCAGAGACCAAGACUUGGUCACAGACAGAAUAGUUCUCUGUGUGAAGGACAAUGGACAGCCCAGCCUCUCCACUAUAGCCACAGUCUUUUUCUUAAUCCUGCCUAACAGUACGACACCAUCUUUCGAAAGCUCUGUCGAACCCAAUGACAGGAAACAACCUUUGAAUCUCAAUCUGUAUUUAAUCAUCGCUUUAGGAUCAACUUCUUUUCUGUUUCUGGUAACAAUAUUUGUUUUGGUGGUGGUGAAAGUUAAACAAGACAGACAUAUUGACGAAAGGUACAGUUCUUGCUUUUGCUGUUCGGAUCGUAGAAAUUCGAGUAUCAUUUAUAAUCAGAGGCAUGCAGCAAAGGACGAUACGAAUUACAUUGAUUCUGGUCAGACCGAAAGUUAUCGUUAUACUGUGUGCUUAUCGCCCGAAUCAUCGAAGAGUGAUUUUCUAUUUCUAAAACCCUGUCAUCCUACUUUGCCUUUCAACGACGUGGGUGCUCUGGAGAACAGCGCAAGGAGAUAAUCUAGAAUUUCUGUUUAAAAAUUGGAAUGGCGAAUAAUUUACUUAGUUGGCGAAUUUUUGUUCAGGGAGCAAUCUAUCGGUAAGUCCUACGGACACUUUUGAGUAUCCGUGUUUUUGUUGGUUUGUCUGGUGGGCAAAAUUCCUUUAAUCUGCUCUUAAGAACUAAAAGGAACGUUCAUUUGUAUGGCUUUGUUCUCUCAAUAUUCCCUGCAUUAUUGCCUGGAAAAUAGCAUGCACUUUCUCCGGUGUUAUUUUUUGCUUUGUUGCAGUACAUUCCAAUGUAUUCCUCUUAUCCAUCUCUCUAUUGUUAUGCCAUCUGACUUCGGCACGCACAUUGA